GUCAUGGCUGCCUGUAUUCUUUCUUCCUCGUGUGUGUUCGAGCAGUUUCUGCGUUUAAUUUCAGGAUUAAAUGAGUUAAAGCGCUGUAUUGAUGAAUAUGUCGAUUUAUUUUGAUUUAUAUGGAUGAUAUUUGUCAGUAUAGCUGUUCUGCGUGUAGUGGAGUAACGUUAUGUGUACUUUGAGUGUUACUCCGCUUUGGGGUUUCCAUCAAGCGGAGUGAUUUAAAGGAGUCCAGGUCUGCGGUGAGAGAGUUGAAGAGAGAGGUCUCUUUAUAGGUGUAAGGAUUGCCCAGGGCCACAGCGCCCACAAUCUCAAGGAGCGCAGCACUUUUCAGCCAGGACUGAAGAUCAGGAUGGAGAAGGAAGAUCUCAAGAUUGUCAACCGGGGUUUGGAGGAUGAGAUGGAGUUGAGAGGAUUUCGUCUGUGCCGGUGGAAGCUGGUUCUGGUGUGUUGUGGUGGUUUCUGUACCGGUGGUUUUCUUUUCCUGCUGCUCUACUGGAUGCCUGAGUGGUGUGUGAAGGCCACGUGCACACGGACCACUGUCAGAGACGCAGAAGUCGCUCUGUUACGCAGCACUGAUGAAUUUAAGCGCUGGUUUCGGGCGAAGGUUCGGAUAAUGUUGGCUCCUGGGAAGAACCCCUAUGACACCUUGAAUUCCCAGACCGCCUCCCCUCAGGCCAAUGACCACGCCCACAACAUGACUGACUCCGCCCACAACAAAAUCAGCAGGAGUGUAGAGAGCCAGCAAGUGCAGAUCCGCUAUUUCACCCUCCACAGCACAAAGUACUUUUGGAACGACACCAUCCAGAACUUUGAAGUAUUGAAAGGCCUAGAGGAUCGGAACAUCAGCUGCUCAUCCAUUCAUUUAAAGCACAGCGCCGGACUCAACAAGAACCAGCAGGAGUACAGGAGAUUUUUUUUCGGUCUGAAUGAAAUCGAUGUGAAAGUGCCUUCUCUUUUCAAGCUGCUAAUUAAAGAGGUCCUCAAUCCUUUCUACAUCUUCCAGCUCUUCAGUGUUGUUCUGUGGUGUACAGAUGAAUACUAUUACUACGCAAUGGCCAUAGUCGUCAUGUCCUUCAUAUCAAUAGCUACCUCUCUCUACACUAUUAAGAAGCAAUAUGUAAUGCUACACGACAUGGUGGCAACACACAGUACUGUUCGAGUCACAGUCUGCAGAGGAGAAAGCGAAACAGAGGAAGCUCUGUCCACGGACCUGGUGCCCGGUGAUGUCAUCGUCAUUCCUAGCAAUGGGACCAUCAUGCCUUGCGACGCCGUGCUCAUCUGUGGAACCUGCAUCGUUAACGAGAGCAUGCUGACAGGUGAGAGUGUUCCGGUCACCAAGACGGAUCUCCCGAACCCCGAGCGGGACAAGAAGGGUUCAGACGGAGACCAGAUUUACAGCACAGAGGAGCACAAGAGACACACACUCUUCUGCGGCACAAACGUCAUCCAGACCCGCUACUACACUGGAGAAAUGGUUAAAGCUGUGGUCGUCCGCACAGGUUUCAGCACAGCUAAAGGGCAGCUCAUCCGGUCUAUCCUGUACCCCAAACCCACAGACUUUAAGCUGUACAGAGACGCUUACCUCUUCUUGCUGUGUCUGGUGGCCGUCGCCAGUGUUGUCUUUAUCUACUCUCUGGUUAUGAAGAUCUUAAAUCAGGAACCAGUGAAGGAGAUCAUUGUGAAGUCACUGGACAUCAUCACCAUCACGGUUCCUCCUGCUCUUCCAGCAGCAAUGACCGCAGGCAUAGUUUAUGCUCAGAGGAGACUCAGGAAAGUGGGUAUCUUCUCCAUCAGCCCACAGAGAAUCAACAUCUGCGGGCAGCUCAACCUCGUUUGCUUUGACAAGACAGGCACCCUCACAGAAGAUGGUUUGGACAUGUGGGGAAUUCAGCGGGUAGAAGACAGCAGAUUCCAGCUUUCAGAGGAACGAGCGGAUGAUAAAAACCUGGUGACGAGCAAGUUUGUGUCCUGCAUGGCCACGUGUCACUCGCUGACCAAAAUUGAGGGUCAACUUUCUGGAGAUCCGCUCGACCUGAAGAUGUUUGAGGCCACCGGAUGGAUCCUAGUUGAAGCUACAGAAGAAGAGACGGCUCAUCAUGACCGCAUCGAACUCACUUAUGUAAAACCACCAAACCAGCUGCUCCCGCCACCGGUCAUCUCACCUGAGCAGGACAUGGAACUGUCUGAACUCUAUGAGCUCUCAGCAUCAUAUAUGAUCGGUAUCGUGCGGCAGUUCUCCUUCUCCUCCGCGCUUCAGAGAAUGAGCGUGGUUGUUCGUCAGAUUGGAGAAAGACGGAUGGACGCAUAUCUGAAAGGAGCACCAGAGGUGGUGGCCAGUUUGUGUAAGAAAGAGUCAGUACCAGAGGAUUUUGCAGAGGUUUUGGAGGAUUACACCAAACAGGGCUUCCGGGUCAUUGCUCUGGCACACAGACGGCUGGAAUCCAAACUUACAUUUCAUAAAGUGCAGAACAUUAACAGGGAUCAGAUCGAGAAAAAUAUGGAUUUUCUGGGUUUGAUUGUCAUGCAGAACAAGUUGAAAACUGAAACUCCAGGAGUGCUGGAUGAUCUACGGCGGGCCAACAUACGCACAGUUAUGGUCACAGGUGACAAUAUGUUGACGGCCAUCUCUGUGGCGCGAGACUGUGGCAUGAUUCAGCCGCUGGACCUGGUCAUUAUUGCAGACGCGGUGCCCCCAAAGGAUGGACAGGCUGCCAAGAUCAACUGGCACUACGCCGACAAACCCAGCAAACACUCCAACAAGCCCACCAAACUAGAGGAGGUGGAGAUUAUUUUGGAAGAUGGUCAUUCUGUGGACGAGUCCAGAUCUCAGGAACAGUAUCACUUCGCCAUGAGCGGAAAAUCUUUCGCUGUAAUUAUCGAGCAUUUCCAGGACCUACUGCAGAAGCUGGUGCUUCAUGGGACUGUGUUUGCAAGGAUGGCACCUGACCAGAAGACUCAGCUUGUGGAGACUUUAGAAAGUGUAGAUUAUUUUGUAGGAAUGUGUGGCGAUGGAGCGAAUGACUGCGGGGCACUGAAGAGAGCUCAUGCUGGGAUCUCACUGUCAGAACUGGAGGCUUCAGUGGCGUCUCCUUUCACCUCCACAACUCCCAGCAUCACCUGCGUGCCCAACCUCAUCAGAGAAGGCAGAGCGGCUCUCAUCACCUCCUUCUGUGUGUUCAAGUUCAUGGCUCUCUACAGUAUUAUUCAAUGCCUCAGCGUCGCACUGCUCUACUCCAUUGGCAGUAACCUGGGUGACUUCCAGUUUCUCUUCAUAGACAUGGCCAUCAUUCUUCUGAUUGUCUUCACCAUGAGUUUGAACUCUGCAUGGAAGGAACUGGUGGCCCGCAGGCCUCCCUCCGGCCUGGUCUCAGGUCCUCUCCUCUUCUCAGUCCUCACGCAGAUCCUCAUCUGCCUGGCUUUCCAGAUCAUUUCCUUCCUCCUGAUCCAAAGGCUGGACUGGUACUCCAAGCCUGAUUUCUACAAUUGCUCUCUUCCUCAUCACAUGGAUAACUACAGUAACUCCACCGGGACUAAAGAAGAAAAUAUAGUCAAUGAUGUGAACACUACGCUGUUCUUCAUCUCCUCGUUUCAGUAUCUCAUUGUUGCCAUCGUCUUCUCCAAAGGAAAACCUUUCCGCCAGCCCAGCUACAAGAACUGGCCAUUUGUCCUCUCCGCUUUAAUUCUUGUCAUUUUCAUGUUUUUCAUCAUGUUUUUCCCAAUCUCUGGAAUCUACCAGUUUUUGGAGCUGGUGUGUGUUCCUUUGAGCUGGCGUGUGUCUAUGGUGAUUAUAAUACUGGCCAACACCAUAGUGUCUGUCAUUAUUGAGACCGUCGUGCUUGACGUCAUCUUAUGGAAGCAUGUGUUCAGCAGAGACAAGCAGGGAAGCUAUGGCGUCUCCCCUGCAGGCCCGAUACCACAGGGAGGAAUAGACAUGUAUGGAUCUAAAUGCUUCUCCUGGCUGUGCUGCCAGCAGAGAAAAGUGCCCAAGGCACGCUACAUGCAUCUGGCACAAGAACUAAGCGUGGAUCCUGACUGGCCCCCCAACCCAAGAGCACUACUGAAGCCAAACCCGCCCUACUUCCAGAUGACUGCUCCUACCAGAUCGAGGCGAUUUCCUAGCAUUUCUUUCAGCAGUAUAUACACUCCGUAUUGCACGUCCAAACCACCAGGGAUUUCUGUAAACACUGUCAAAAACAAUUUGAAAAGACCAAAAACCUGCUAGGGGAGAGCUGUCCUUCCUGGAUCAUUUUGUUUGUUUGUUUCACAUCUGCUGCUCAAGAUUGUUUCCUUUUUUAAAUGGGCGGAGUUUACAGGCUGGGAACUGUAAAAGCUCCGCCCCCCCUGGGCAUGCGGCUCGUCACCGAUAUUCCCUUAAAGCAUCAUGUAGACCGCAAAACGAUUGAACUCAUUACCAAACGUGGCUCUUUUAGAUGAUCACCAUCAGAUAUCACAGAAGCUCUGGAUUUUUGUGCUUAAGUAGUAGCCGGCAGCGCUUCAUCUUUACAGGAGGCUGCAUGCAGAUGCAUAGAAACCAUCAAUGCAUGCGGAAGAAACCAAACUCUAGUGGCUCACCGAAUCUGAGAUCCAGCGUCAUUUCCAAGCCAGCUUGUUUUUACAAAUAUAUAUCGACGUAGAUGUAUUAAUGAUAUAUAUAUUCACGUCAUCUUUACUUUGCAUAUCUCUUCCCAUGGAAGAAU